GGAACAUACGCCCUUUGUUAAUUCAGGAAUCGAAAGAAAAGCACCGUAUUGUUAAUAGGAGAGUGCGUGUGGUAAUUUCGGGAUCGUGAGAUGGUAGUGGAGACAGAGAAAGUGUUGAGCGGUCCGAAGACUGGCGUCAGUAUCGCAGAUAACGUUCAGUGUACGUACUCGCGACAUCAGACGGACAAAAGGGCCACUUUUCAGGACGGAAAGGAGGUGGUACAGGAAAAUAGGGAACAGCAGUUUGAGCAGCAAGAAAUGGUGGACAAGUUUAUUCAGGAUGUGAUCGAAAAAGCGAGGGCCGAAUAUAAACGUCAACAGAAGGGCGAAUCAAAACAUGGUUCGACACGAAGGAAAGAAAGAAAUAAGGACCAAACCACGAAGGAUAAAUCAUCGAUGAAAAAAUCUGCCAGCAGUAAGGGUACCAAGAAGAAACACCACUACAAAUAUUCGGAUCCUGUAGAUGAAAAGGAGAUUUUAGAGUAUGAACAUGAGGAGACGCAGUUGCAAUGGAACCCGAAUUUUGGAGAAGAACGAAAAGAGAAAGAAGAGCCUCGACAGGAGAGUGUCUACAACCGCCUUGCUGCCUCUCUUCGCCGCCUCUUCGUGUGUUGCCUCGGGAAAACCUGAUCGCGAGGAUGAGGAGGGGAUACGGGGCAGGAUAAUCAGGAAUAGUUUGAUUUGGAUGUGUAGGAACUGGUGUAAAGAUAAGUGCUCAGAACCUCGUCUACUGAUGUUAGAAAACACUGUGCACGAUACACAAUUGAAUGAAUGAUAUACAAAUAGAACAAGUGCUUUUGAUAAUCUAUUCGCGUAUUUGAUAACAUUUGAGUACAUAAACGCGAUUAAAUAAUUGAAGUAUUAUCAUAAAAAUUAUGCAUAAAUGUACGACUUAUUUUGGAGAUACUAUAAAUCAUUCCUUAUUCGUGAAAAUAAACUACAAAUAUUUGUUUGUAAUAUUGUGUCAGCUGCCAAGUACUGGUUCGGCUUUUUACACAUUUAAUUUGUUGGUAAAAAAGAAAAAAAAUGUAGUUGUGUAGAUAUUUUUAAAAAAUCAUAAUAAAAUGUGAGACCAAAUUGGGCUUAUUUUUGUUAAAAAGAUCUAUUACAAUCACACGACAUGAUGGAUAUGAAAACAAUGUCUUUUUUUCUCGUCAUCUGUAGAAAUAAACAUAAUUAAGCGUGUGUGUGUAUA